UUGCUGGCUACGCUGCUCGUCUCAGCAUUUGCUCUUCCCACCAUCGAGGCAAAGGGCGCCAAAUUCUUCACCAGCGAGGGAAAACAAUGGUUCAUCAAAGGCAUCGCUUACCAACUCACACCCGACGAUCCUCUUGCCACGCCCGACCAAUGCAAACUCGAUGCCUCCUUGAUGAAGACUCUCGGCGCCAAUGCCAUCCGUGUUUACCACGUCGACCCAUCUGCGAACCACGAUGAGUGCAUGUCCGCCUUCUCCGACGCCGGUGUGUACGUCUUCCUCGAUCUCGAUACCUUCGACACCUACAUUCUUCCC